AUGGGUAUCCGCGCGAGAAACCCGGAGCCCCGAGAGGCUCUGGCGGGAACGGACAGGGACGGCACGCGGCUGCUGUCAGCCAGAGAGGACGAGACGCGGCGCGUGCAGGGCGCGGGACUGCUGGCCAAGACGCCGUUGGGCUACACGCGCCCUGUCAAACGCGGUAACAUCCGCACGCGCAGGAUACAGAACCAUAUAUACGAUGCGCUCGAGAGACCACGAGGUUGGGCACUACUUUACCACGCGUUUGUGUUCCUGAUCGUUCUGGACUGCCUCAUCUUGGCAGUGUUAACCACUUUUAAGGAGUAUGAGAAAGUGUCUGCAUAUUGGCUCGUCAUACUGGAGACGUUCACCAUCGUGCUGUUCGGUACUGAGUUUGCUCUGAGGGUUUGGGCUGCAGGAUGCUGCUGUCGCUAUCAGGGCUGGAGAGGCCGACUGCGCUUCAUCAGGAAACCACUCUGUGUGCUGGACAUCUUUGUGCUGAUUGCCUCCGUGCCGGUGGUUGCCGUGCGUAACCAAGGCAACGUGUUGGCGACGUCGCUGCGUAGUCUCCGCUUCCUGCAGAUCCUGAGGAUGCUGCGCAUGGACCGCCGCGGGGGCACCUGGAAACUCCUGGGGUCAGCCAUCUACGCACACAGCAAGGAGCUGAUCACGGCCUGGUAUAUCGGCUUCCUGUCGCUCAUCUUGUCCUCCUUCCUGGUGUACCUGGUGGAGAAGGACGACGUCGUCAUGGAGAUCAGAGAUCCCUUAGGCCCCACCCCCUCCACACAGCCACAGGACUUCGACACCUACGCAGACGCGCUGUGGUGGGGACUGAUCACCUUGACAACCAUCGGCUACGGCGAUAAGACACCUAAGACGUGGGCGGGGCGACUGCUGGCCGGAACCUUCUGCCUCAUCGGAGUGUCCUUCUUUGCCCUGCCCGCAGGUAUUCUUGGGUCUGGCUUAGCUCUGAAGGUCCAGGAGCAGCACAGACAAAAGCACUUUGAGAAACGAAGACAUCCUGCAGCAGGACUGAUACAGUCGGCAUGGCGAUACUACGCCACAAAUCCCCUCAGAGAUGACCUCAUCGCCACCUGGAGAUUCUACGAGACCAUCAUAUCACUGCCCUGCUUUAGUAAGAGAGCUCGUGUUCCUGCGCGACUCGGUUCUGUUAGAGAACGUCUGCUGUCCUCCAGCGCCUUGGUGCAUUCUGGGAGCUCCGAACCAAACAAACCCGCUGGCUUCAGCAACCGAGAACGCUUCCGCACAGCGUUCCGUAUGAGGGCAUACACACUUCGCCAGAGCUCAGAAGAUGCUGGAGGGCUGGUUGACUCUGAGGAGAAAGGCUUCCCCCCCGAUAUCCUGAGAGAGGACAUGAUCCCCAUCCUCAAACUAGUGAUCAGAGCCGUCAGGAUCAUGAGAUUCCUGCUGAAUAAGAAGCAUUUUAAAGAGUCUCUGCGGCCGUAUGACGUGAAGGACGUGAUAGAACAGUACUCAGCUGGACACCUGGACAUGCUGACCAGGAUUAAAUAUCUCCAGUCACGCCUGGAUAUGAUCUUAGCUCCUGGUGCUCCACUCACCCCCAAGCACAAGAAACCUCAGAAGCCUUUUACAUACGCUCUACAACAGUCACCAAGACAUGAUCCAUUUCCAGCUGCUGUUUUACCAGACUCAGAUGAUCCCAGCAUGAUGGGCAGAUUCCAGCGAGUGGAAAGACAGGUGGAGGACAUGGACAAGAAACUGGACUUCCUGGUGGACAUGCAUAUGCAGCACCAGGAGACGCUGCAGGUUACCAUGGGCAACGACCCUUCUGUGACCCUUACCGUCACCGACGGCGACCCGCUCCUCUGCUGCUAUGGACAACCCCUUCCUUAUUACCCAGGGGCGGGGUCACAGCUGUCUCUGCUGUCAGUCACACAGCUAGGGGAGGAGCUAGAACGGUCACCCAGCGGGUUCAGCGUGUCAUCGGAGAGGGAGGAGUCUGAGGGGUCGCGGAGAGGUCAAGCACACUGCUGCCUUGCUGAGGGGGAGACGGACACCGACAAUCUGCAGGUCCACAGGUUCUGCUGCAGUGCGCUGGUCCGCCCCAGGUGA